AUGCGUACCUCGGACAUACAUCACAUUCCCACGGCUGUGCUCCCUGUAGGGACUCAAGCGGCAUUAUCUGCUAGUCAAGCCCCAACGUUAGAAAUGCGCGUUAUCGCGUUGGAAACCAAACUUCGUCACCAUAAGCCAGAGCACCCAUGCGAUUGUAAAUACGAACUUUCACUACUCGAAGAGAAAUUGGGAGGCCUUGAUGAACACCCUUGGGAACUUCGAAUUUUAGAAGUUGAACGAAAACAACGACGCGAUGCGAAGGAUGUCUCCAGGCUAUGGAAGGAACUACGCGAAUGUCAGGAUCGGACGGAGACCGUCAUUGCGGAGCAUCGUUGGGCCUCCAAGCAAAAGGAAGGGACCAAUCGAGUAGUCAAAUCCUCGAAUGCUUUAUAUCUGGUGGAACAGACAAUCGAAAGGCUACGAGAAUUUGAAAGAUUUCAAGAGGAACUUGCGGCCUGCUUAGUGGUUUUAAAAAAGCGUUGUGACGAAAUGGAAGGCGAUAUCCGACGCGUACAGCCCUGGAUGAUUAACGAAAUGGUGGAGAAGCAAGAGGAUGUUGCAGACAAGAUCGUUCGAUUGGAUGGCAAUGCAAAGACAUUGCAAAGUCGAGUGGGCGAAUUGAUGACAUUGAAGGGGAUUGUUUCUAAAAUAUCCGACAUAAUACCCGACGAUGUCAGUUCCAAAGUUAAAGAGGGAAAAAACACACCAAUGGAGAAACUGAAUUUAGAGCCCACGAAGGAUGAUUUUUUGUUGGAGACAAAACCUGAAACCCAAGCAUCAAGGGCAGCAGGAAAUCAAAUACCCUAUUCUGGCAACAAUUCUGAACGGAGUAUAUGGGUGCCGCCUACAUCGGUGGAGCCAACUCAUACUCCAUACAUACACGGCAUUCCGAUGGUUCUAGAACAACCGGAAGGAUGGGGGGAUGUUCGGGCAGAGAUAUGCCGGGAGUUAGAAGAGAGUCAAAAGGCUUAUUUUUCUUCACAGCCAGAGCCCCUAGAAACGAAAGAAAAACCCGAGGCUCCGGACGGUGAGAUUGUUGGGAUAUCUGUAGCUGAGGCUCUGCAGGAAGACUCACCGAGCGAUCCAGAUAUCUUGAAAAGGAAGAGGAGACGAAGAAGAAAGCGAUCAAAGAGUGCAAGUCCAGCCUUCGCUGUCAUGAACGAAGAAAGUAAGCCAGAAAUAAAAAUUGAGGGUGAGCAGUCGGACAAAAAGAUUAAUAUCGAGCAUGAGACAUCAGCCGCCAGAGAAUAUCUCCACCCCUUGGACUCAUAUCAAUCUACCGCUUUUGCCCCUGCCACUAUGAACUGUGGCUAUGCAAUUGAGGAUAUCGAUCCGGAAACGAGAGUGCCUACACUUUUUAAAAAACAAUUUUCUGCUAGGAAGACGCGACCAUCAUUGCGAAAAUCAAAAUCGAGAAACAUCGUCAAGAGCAAGGACAAGCUGAAACAUAUUCACAUGAGCGAACUUUUUAAGCAGGGCAAAGGAUUCAGCAGUGGAAGGAGUGCUGGCAAAACUGUACUGGAUAGUGGAGCGAUAUCUGGCAUCGAAGCUAUAGUGCUGCGAUAA